GGCGCUGGGAGCGGGCCAAGAUGGCGGCGGAGCGCGCGGAGGCGGCGGCAGCGGGGGGGGCUCCCGGGGACCCCCUGAGGGACCCCCUGAGGGACCCCCUGAGGGACCCCCUGAGGGACCCCCUGAGGGACCCCCUGAGGGCCGCCGAGCGCUCCCCCUACGCGGGCUGGGCCCACCCCGAGCUCCAGGCCACGCUGGCCGGGAUCGGAGCCCCCGCGCAGGGAACCCGUGAGGAGCUGGUGGAGCGACUCCAGGCCUACACCCUGCAGACUGGGAUCGUGCUGAGCCGCCCCAACCUGCGCCCCGAGGAGGGGGACAAGGCCCCACCCCACAGGGAGUAA